CUUGAAUAAAAGGGAACCAACGUAUUCUUUUAGAAUGGGGUAGAAAAAAUCGUUGUAGAUCAUCAACCAGACUUUAAGAAAAACAAUGCCAUAUCGCUAUUUAAUAUGCACGUCGACAAAAACUUUCUCAAACGACCUUUUGAGGAAGUUGGCCCCGUUGACUUGUUGCCAUGGGUCACAACAGACACGGUUUGCAAAGGGCCGCACACAUAAUCGACACUUCUACACAAGUCAUAAGUUAAGUUCUAAACUCCCACACCGGCCUCACAGUCACUGGUUUAACGAAAAUAAACAGUUUAUUCAAAAUUGUAAUUAUUUCAAAACAAACUAUGUCAUAUGCUGUGCUCCACCUAGACGAUUUCCCGGAAAUGAUGUAACAUGGAUACGUGAUUAUCACAUUUCUACUGUCUUGUUCAACGAUGAGGGUAAAAAGGAAGUGAAGAAUGUCGAAUCAACAAAGAUAUCGGAAUCAAAGGCUGACAAGCCACAGAAAGAUGGUGUGGCAAAGGUGGUUAAACCCGCGGAAAAGUCUAAGGAAGUGGGGCCACCAGCCAAGAAGAAAUUGAGUGUCAGAAUAAUGGACGAACUGAAGCAUUAUUACCACGGAUUUAAGUUACUGUUCAAGGAGUUUCGAAUGUCCACCAGGUAUAUGAUUGACGUGGUUAUAUUUAGGAAAUCUCUGAAGAGGCGGGAGAUCAAGCAGGUUAUUCGAUCAACCUUUGACAUUCUGCGUAUAUUACCCAUGAUCAUCAUCCUUGUAAUCCCAUUCAUGGAGUUUGCCAUUCCAGUCAUCAUCAAGUUCUUUCCAGGACUUCUCCCCAGUACUUUCCAACCCAAGAAGACAGAUGACAUGAGACUGAAAGUGUUGAAGGCAAAGAUCGAGAUGACCAAGAACAUGGUGGAGACGAUCAAGAGCUCCCCCCUCAUCAGCAAGAAAACCAGCACUGCAGAGGACUUUGCUAACUUUGUGGCCAAUGUCAGGACAAAAGGUAUCCAGCCGACCACAGAGGAGAUAAUGAAGUACUCCAAGUUCUUUGAGGACGAGCUGACGCUGGAGAAUCUGAGCCGGCCACAGCUUCAGGCCAUGUGUCGUGUCCUUGACUUGCAGCCCAUGGGAAUGGAUGGCUUUCUCAGGUUCUCCCUCAGGAUGAAACUCAAGCGGCUCAAGAUGGAUGAUGUCAUGAUCAAACAGGAAGGAGUUGACAGUCUGACAAUUCCAGAACUGCAGGCAGCUAACCGCGAGCGAGGAAUGCGAGCACUGGGUGUGUCCGAGGAGCGGCUCAGAAGCCAGCUACAGCAAUGGCUGGACCUUCACCUCGACAAGAAUGUCCCCGCCUCACUGCUGCUUUUCUCCCGGGCUCUUUAUUUGCCAGAGACACUGUCAACAGAGGAACAGCUGAAAGAGUCCAUUAUUAAUCUCCCAGAGACCAUGACAUCCAAGGAGAAGAUUGCUGAGGCCCUAGCCUUGAAAGAAAAGGAGAAAGAAAAACUAGAGGAGGAGAAAAUUUCCAAGGUGCCUGAGGUGGUUCCAGUAACUCCACCUCCUGUUGAAGAGCCGGUGGUGUCUGAGGAGCAGCCUGCCACAGGAGUCAAAGGACUGACUGCCAAACUACAGAGCAAGCUUGCCGACUUCAAGGCGAAGGUGGAUGAAUAUGACAAGGAGGCCACCAAGAAACGAGUGCUGAAGAUCUGGAAGAUGAUCAGAGAGCUCGGCGAAGAGAACCAGCGAGAGCACAAGAAGUUCUUUGAGGAGUAUAAAGAGUUCCUGAAGGAGGGAGAAAAAGUCCAAGUGACGAAGAGCGAGGCGGCCCCAGCGAAGGGAGCCAAAGUGGCAACACCUGUCACCGAGGAAGAGAAGAAGGCAAUGGCUACUGCUGAAGCGGUGGCUGCUGAGACCAUUAUGACAUCAGAGGGAGAGACCCAGACAGACCCCGCCCUCAUGCUUGAGUCUCAGCCUGGAGAAGAAUUGAAGGACCUGGAUGAGCAGAUAACCACGGAAGAUCUGGAAGAUAUAGAAGACGCUCUGUAUGAGGCUGCCAAAGAGAGGGCUGUAGAUCUGGAGAAGGAAGAAAGGGAGGAAGAUCUGGAAGAUUGUGAGGAGGAUGUAGAUGAACUGAAAGCAGUCGUCCUGCAGGAAGGCGAUGUCAACUCAAAGAACGCCAGCAAGCUCUGGAAGAUGGUGAACAAGGCGGUGGAUCAGCUCGACAAGCAGAUCGACGACUUCCAUGACAUCAAAGACGAGAUACAGGUGGAGAUCGACACGCGGGAGGUGCGGCUGAAGAAGAGUCCCGAACUCCAGACCAAUCUAGAGAAGAGAGAGGAAAUACUGUCGGAACUCAAAAAGAGAAAGAAGUCUGUGAUUAGCAUUAACGAGAUGCUGCUUGCUAUGAAGAGAAUUAAGAAGAUUCCGGACGACGUGAGGUUCCAGAAGAUCGUCCAGGUGUUGGAUGAGGACAGGGAUGGGCGGAUCGAACUUGUCCAUGCCAUGAAGGUGAUUGAAUUGCUAGGAAAGGACAACAUGAAAUUGAAUCCUAAACAGGUGUCUGAAGUGACACGCCUAGUCCAAGAGGAGUUAAUGCGAGAGGAAAAGGAGACACUGAAAGAUAAGGCAGAGACAUUGAAAGACAAAGCAGAGACUUUCAAAACAGAAGAGCUCCAAUCAAAGGGAGAUCAAUCUGCAGAGAAAAGCACUGAUUCAGACAAAAAGAAAGAGAAACAGACAUAAUCGGGACUUCCAACAUCUACUGUGAAUGGAAACAUUUCUUUAGCAUGUGAUGGGAUUUACUCAAAAACUAUCUCCUAUCUAGUGCUAGGCAAACGAAACAAAUCCACUUUCUAACAGGUUUGUUUUGAAAGUGGAUAUACAAAAAAAGUCUUUUAAGUGAUGAAGUGCAGAUAAAGGUAAAAGCCAGAACCUGGUAUAUUGUAGGAAGAAUUUGUUGGUGAAUAUUUUUAAGUGACAUUGUAAACAUGCUUUACGAUCAUUAAUUUUUGUAUUAAGUUAUAUGAAUGUGCCACCCACCACAUUGUUUCAUGUGAUAAGGUGGAAGUCUAGUUCAUAACAUUGUGGAUAAUUUUGUGAAUUCCUCUGAGUUGUCGAUGCUAUUUUCUAUCACCUGCAAUAUCUAUUGUUAAGUUGUAUAUUUCGUAAGUUUAAUAUAUCUGUCCUAUUUCUUGACUUUUGUUUUUGGUGCAUAUCACUGCUAAGAUCGCUGCUAUUGCAGUGCUUUGGUUUAGAAUGCAAAGAGAAAGUGGACAAACUAAAGGAAGAUGGUCUGGUCUGUCAAUGAAAGAGUCUAAUGGAAUUAUUGCAUAUAUCUGUGCCAUUUCUUUACAUUUACCUGUAGAUAUUUGUUUGAAAAUAUAAACAUCAUUCAAAUUCCAAACAUAUACCUGUACUUGGAAAAAAUCUCUGUGUGCUGAAAAUCAUUUUCAUUAGAAAGGUUUGUAGGUGUUUAAUUAUGACCGUGGUGAAUUUGAAUGAAACAAACAAAAUACUUAAGAUACUGGAUGGUCAUCAAAUUUAUUAUUUAUUUUAGAUUCACUAAACAAUUUUAAAAGAUGAUUAAAUAUGAGUAUCAUUAUAGCCAUAAACUAUUAUUUAUUAAGGAAAAAAUCACACGUUAGAAUGCUGUCUGAAAAAUUUGAUUGUUUUUAUUUUUAGAAUUGGCAGUCAUGUUUAAUAUAAAGAUCUUUUAAAGGAUUUUAGUUGUGUCAAAUGACCAAGACCAUCCAGCUUCUUUAAGGUGGUAUGGGCCACCUCCAUGUUGCAGUGUACUAUUUAUUGAAAUAAACGAUAAAAUGAAGUUUUAAUUUGAUGAAUAAUUUCUUUCCCAGAUUUGUUAUCUAACAGUGUAGCACAGUGGGUAAGAGUCUGUAAGUCAUGAGUUUGAAUCCUUCUUUAAACAUUUUUUUCGGUUAAAUAUUGCAAAAUUUGAAAAUUCUAAACUGAUGAAAGUAUUUUUAUCAUAAUGUACUAAAUCCACAUUGAUAUCAAGAGAUGUCCCAUACCACAUUAAGGUUAAUUCAAUAUGCAUCCACUCGUACAUGUUUCAGUAUGAUACUUUUUUAGUGAAUAUACAAGCUAUAUAAUUAUAUACUGUAUGUUCCCCAUUUUGUUUCAGAUGAAAAGAGAAAGAAUGAAUUUAUUUAAAUAAAAUGACAUGGAGUUUAAUUUGUUUUAAACGAAUAUCUUUCAUCUGCAAAUCAUUGUAUGCAUUAACAUGUACAACCAAUUAAAGCGUGGCGAUAAAAUCA